UUUCCUCGGCGAGCGGGGAGGGAUCGGCUCCGCGUGUCGCCCCCCGCGUCUGCGGGAGCCCCGCGUGCGUGGCGGGGCGGGCGGGGCGGCAGGUGACAGGUGCGGGGCGAGGCUCCGCCAUUUGGGAGGUGCGGGGUCUGCGGGCUCCGAGGCCAUAUAUAGGCCACCUCCGGUUUCCAUUAUUCAACUCGGUUUAAUUGUUCGGUAGGAAUUCUUGAAGUGGUUUUUGUAAGAGAGGUUUGCAAGACGGGAGAUGAGUCCGGUUGGCUUUUUCUCUUGCUUUGUCCCCCCACGAGAGUUAGGAAGGCAGCAGGGAGGCGUGUAGCGCUUGGUCUCAUUCAUUGAGAGGCUGUGUCGGUGGUCUGAGCGUCCCGUCCUGUUAGCUGCUGUGCGGCCUUCGGGGCAGGGCCUCGUGUUCUUUGUGCUGGUCAGCUCGGCGGACCCUGCCCUGUGCCCGAGGCCCGGAGGUGUGUCCGUACUAGUGACAGCAAGUACGUACCUACAAUCCUCAGAAGCCCUUCCUUGCGAGGAGUGGAUUUCAGAAAAUGCUGGGUCAGAAGAGAUGAGUACUCCCUUUACUAAGGCCUAAAACUGCCUGUUGAAAAACAAUCCUGACCAGGCAAUAUACGAAUGGCCCAAGGAAGCCAGCAAAUUGAUAUUCAGGUUUUACAUGACCUGCGACAGAAGUUUCCUGAGUUACCUGAAGGUGUUGUAUCCAGAUGCAUGUUACAGAAUAACAAUAAUUUGGAUGCCUGUUGUGCAGUUCUGUCUCAGGAGAGCACCAAGUAUCUCUAUGGUGAAGGAGACCUAAGUUUCUCGGAUGAUUCUGCGAUUCCUGGACUACGAAAUCACAUGACAUCUCUUAAUUUGGAUUUGCAGUCACAGAACGUGUAUCACCAUGGAAGAGAAGGAAGAAUGAAUGGAAGUAGGACUCUAGCUCACAGCGUUAGCGAUGGACACCUUCAAACCAAGCAGCCCAACAAUGAACUAUUUCAGCAGGAACCACAGACUGCACCUGCACAGGUUCCACAAGGAUUUAAUGUCUUUGGAAUGGGUAAUACAGUUAGUGCUUCUAAUCCAGGGCAACAUCUUGGAUUUCACCUAGGCAGCAAAGGAGUCUCUAACUUGUCUCAACAAACACCCAGAUUCAACCCCAUCAUGGUAACUUUAGCCCCAAAUAUUCAGCCUGGCCGCAAUACCCCUACGUCUUUGCACAUACAUGGUGUACCUCCUCCUGUACUUAACAGUCCACAGGGAAAUUCUAUCUAUAUUAGGCCUUAUAUCACAGCUCCUAGUGGUACAGCUCGACAGACACAGCAGCAGCCAGGCUGGGCAUCUCAGUUUAAUCCUAUGCAUCCUCAGCAAGUCUACCAGCCUUCACAGCCAAGUCCUUGGACUACUCUUCCUACAUCCAAUACUACGCCACAUACCUCAUCGCAACACUCAACGCAGCCAAAUCAGCAAGGCCACCAGACUUCUCAUGUCUAUAUGCCUAUCAGUUCUCCUACUACUCCACAAGCACCUAUGAUUCAUUCAUCUGGUAGCUCACAAUCCUCUGCUCAUAGCCAAUACAACAUACAGAAUAUAUCCACAGGACCUCGCAAAAACCAAAUUGAAAUCAAACUUGAACCACCACAGAGAAACAGUUCUUCUAAGUUGCGUUCAACUGGCCCUCGCACCUCCACUACUCCCUCUUCCCUCAACAGCCAGACAUUAAGUAGAAGUCAGCCCACUGUUUACAUAUCGGCCAGUCCUCCAAAUACUGAUGAAGUGAUCACACGUGGUCAGCCUAAGGUCUACAUUUCAGCAAAUGCCACCACAGGAGAUGAUCAGCUUGUACGGAACCAGCCCACGCUUUUCAUAUCGACAAAUCCUGGAGUAUCUGCCACUUCUAGGAAUAUGUCUGGUCAAGUAAGCAUGGGUCCUGCAUUUAUUCAUCACCAUCCACCCAAGAGUCGAGCAGUGGGCAACAGCACCACUGCAACCUCUCCUCGAGUGGUUGUUACGCAGCCUAACACAAAAUAUACUUUUAAAAUUACAGUUUCUCCAAAUAAGCCCCCUGCAGUUUCCCCAGGGGUAGUCUCCCCAACCUUUGAACCUACAAACCUUCUAAACCUUCCUGAUCACUAUGUUGAACCAGAGGGUAUCCAGCAUCUUACUGACCCUGUUUUAGCACAUGUGGAUAGGAUCAGUGAUGCACGAAAAUUGAGUAUGGGAUCUGAUGAUGCUGCCUACACGCAAGCUUUAUUGGUACAUCAGAAGGCCAGGAUGGAGCGACUUCAACGAGAACUUGAGAUUCAAAAGAAAAAGUUGGAUAAACUAAAAUCAGAGGUCAAUGAAAUGGAGAAUAAUCUGACACGAAGGCGGCUGAAAAGAUCGAAUUCUGUUUCCCAAAUUCCAUCACUGGAAGAAAUGCAACAGUUAAGAAGUUGUAACAGACAGCUGCAGAUAGACAUAGAUUGCCUAACCAAAGAGAUUGAUCUUUUUCAAGCAAGAGGACCACAUUUUAAUCCCAGUGCUAUUCAUAAUUUUUAUGAUAAUAUUGGAUUUCUUGGUCCGGUGCCACCAAAACCCAAAGAUCAGAGGUCCAUUGUGAAAACACCAAAGACUGUUCCAGAUGCAGAUGAAGAUGAGGGAGCUCAGUGGAGUUGUACUGCCUGUACUUUUUUAAAUCACCCGGCCUUAAAUCGCUGUGAACAGUGUGAAAUGCCCAGGCAUUUCUGAGCCAGCAGGCCUGUUGUCUUCUGUAAAACCACAGCAAACGUACAAGGAACUAUCCAGUCACUGGGGGCAGAAAAAGCAUUUAUGUGUAGGAUUUUGUAUAAUUGAAGGCGUGACGAGAUGGUGUUUUGUUAAUGUUAAAUGUCAGCCCACAGAGCUAGUAAUGCCUCAGUGUUGUGUCACAGGCAGUUGAGAUUCGUCGACUGAAAGGUAAUCUGCUGAAAGACUCGGUUGCCAGCUGCCUAAACCAUGUACAGUAUUACCAUAUCCCAGUAACACACACUGUGUUCAGUGCUUGGGUGUUGCCCAUCCUCUUCUCUGCCCCGGUGUCACUACUGAAUUUUGACAGGGGAAAGGAAUAGAGUGCUCGCGUUUUUGUUUUCAGAUCUUUCAGUGAAACACUACAUGCACAGAGGAAAUUUAAAAGGAUAAAGGUUUAACUAUUUAAACUGUUUGCUGCCACAUAGUGCCUUUGAUAAAGGGAGGAACUUCAUAAACCAGUGGUACUCUUUGCCUUGUCUUCCCUGCAAACAUCUCUGUGAAGCCAGAAAUCAGUACGAUCGCAUCUAAAGAUGAAAAGGAAAAUCUGCAUGCGUUGUCUGUACAAUACACACAGUGAAAUACCCCAAAGCUUUUCCUACUGUACAUAGCUCUAGAGCCUGCUUUAAGUGAUUUCUUCUCUUCACCUUUAUUAUUUUUCUUGUACUUCUGUAUGUAUAGUGUAAUAGUCUUUUUGUUAACUUUCUUUUUUUUCCCUUUAAGUGAUUAAGCACGAUCAUGUCCCUUUUUUUAAGCUUUUAUCUGAGAGAAGCGAUGCCUUAAAAUAAGAGCAUUAAUAAGAAACUAUGCACAAAAUAGCUUUCCUCUGCUCAUUCUGUACAUUGCUCUUGUAAAUGCUGAUGAUCUGUGAAGACCUGCAGAUGCAGCGUGGUAAAAAUGCAGGAAAAGUUGGAAGAGUUAUGCAUAUAGUUCACUCUGUACACUGAGUUUUACGGUGGGUGACACGAGGUAGCGUUUUGUCUGGCGUGAGGAAAUAAACUAAGAAACUUUCAACCCACCAACAGAUCAGCUUCCGAUUUAAGCUUGCUUCAUCUGCUGAGUAUCUUGCAGACUCCUGAAGAGAGAUUCAUUGGGGAAGUACACACAGUGCCAAAUCAACAGCAGCAGCAUCAUACAGCUUUGUUCAAGAACUUUUAAAUGCUUUCCUGUUUUGGCAGCCGGUUUCUAAACCUGACUUGUGGUGAAGUCUCAUAUUUAUAGAAAACAAGGAUAGCAAUAUUUAGGACAACUGAAAUAAAGGCUGGAAAAAAGAAAUCAAACAGACUUGAACACUGAAGCAACCUCAAGCAUCUCUUUUUUUGAUGAUCUAUUUUUUUAAGGAAAAUAUUCACAUGAUCGGGAACGUAUGUAACAGAUGGAGAAAAUGGAAUUACAGUAUGUAUGAAAGACAGCACACGAUUAUGUAGCAGCACUUAAAUGAGGCUGGAGGGAGUGCUAACUAUGUAGCAAGAGAUAAAGUAGACUGUCACCCACUGUAAACAUUUGCCAGUGGACAUUUUCAUUAGGAAUUUUACAAGUGAUCUAUGUGAAUACACAAAGGCCUUUGUUUUGAAGGCUUUGCAUUUUUUUAUGUGGGAAGAAAAUGCCAGUCCCAGGUAAUUAGGCAGUAGACCCAAAGCACUUGCAUUCAAUGCGUUUUGUUUAUAAAACGAGGCCUUGUUUUUCAGCUUCAUCUGCAGUUCUAUGUGAAGAUUGACAAAUCAGUUUUUACCUGUUUAUUAAUAAAACCUAAUUUGGAUAUCUUGAGUUGAUGGUUUUGUGAUUUAGCUGGGUAAACUGUCUUUGUAACAGAUAAGUUAUUUAUAAAAAUUAAAAAAAAAAAAUUAUAUUCUAA